AUGAGACUAAAAUUGGUAAGAUGUAGCAGAGACGAAUCAUCUUCUUUCGGCGAAGAAAUAUGGCAAAGUGAAUUUGGAGCUAUGGGGCUCGAGUCAUUCGUAGACUUUACUGUUGCGGGACAAAGUUAUUUAUCAUCAUCUCCAUCAUCCACAUCGUCGUCGCCGACGAAGUCAGCAUUUAUUGUGGAGCAACAACAGAAAAAAGCACAAUUACCAAUAUUGAAAAUUUCCACCAGAAGAGCAAAACACACAAGAAAUCGAUCACAAACACAUUUAAGAAAACCAGCAUCAUUUGACAGUUAUCUUUCUUAUGAGCGUGCAAAUUCAAUUUCAUCGAUCUCUUCAUGCGAGAGUUUAACAUCAACUAAUUCAAAUAAUACUCCGGUUGAUUAUUAUUACAAUCAUUUCUCUUCCUCCUCGUCGUCAAGUAUUAUCACUUCUCCACUAAGUCCGAGAUUCAUUUCAAAUACAAUAGUCGACAUUUGUCAUCGAUUUUCAUCCGCAAUUGGAUUAACCUAUUUUCUCGAUUCACUCAAACAUGGUGGCAGUGGAGUAAACUACAAUAAUAAUAAAAUGAAUGCAAAUAUAUCAUUGACGGAGGAUUACGACAAGAUGGACGAUAUUAACACGUCCUUAUCGUUUUCACGUGACUUAGAUUAUUAUUCCACUACGGAACAACAUGAGGACGAGGAAGAAUUUCUUUUUGUAAAUACACGGCCAGGAUUGAGAAAUCAAGGAGGCAGCAACAGCUCGAUCUCUCUUUUAACAUAA